ACACUCGCCUUACAGAAGCCGAGAUGAGAACAUCAUCCGCUUUGAGCGCUUAKGCGCAGUGAUUACAUCCUCACAGAGAAAGAUAGAGAAAGUCCUGUUGUUCCGUGCGUCUGUUUAAAAGACAUGCCUUUUUUUUAUUUUGGCGGUGCGUAAAAGGAAGUUUUUGGUGCUGUUUUCGACUCAAGGGGAUUUUUAAAAAUUCUGUUUGGCUUUUUUUUCUUUUCUUUUUUUUUUUUUCUUUUUGAAGAAGAAGGACAAUCCGUGCUGCGCACAGGGAAUGCUGGCUCCGAGUCCUGGCUCCAGUCUGCAAUGUUUGCGCUGACGCCAAAACUCACAGACCGGUGCUGAAUUGAUUAAAACAGAGGGGCUCGGAUCAAAUGGCUGUGCAACUCACAACUCAAACGACACAAUAUUUCACUCGCCUGAGGCAGAGGGGAGGAUUUUUAGAAUCGGACAGCCUUGUUGCUGUGUGAGUUGCUGCCUUUUUACAGGCAAAGAAAAGUGGAAAUGCGCAUCUCUUAUAAGAUAAAGGAUUAACACUUUUUUUUUCGUUCUGAAGUGCACUUGGACCGUGGCAGGGGAGAUGAUUUGGUUAAUAUUCAUUCUUUUCAUCCUGAAUGGAGCUUUCUGUCAGCUUCACUACUCCGUGCCAGAGGAGCAGGAACCUGGCACUGUGGUUGGGAAUAUCGCAGAGGAUUUGGGGCUGGACAUUACUAAACUUUCCGCUCGGCGUUUCCAAACGGUGCCCAGUUCACGGACACCGUAUCUGGAGGUAAACUUAGAAAACGGUGCGCUUUUGGUGAAGGAGAAAAUUGACCGGGAAGAAAUCUGUAAGCAGACCAUCCCGUGCCUAUUGCACCUGGAGGUGUUUCUGGAAAACCCACUGGAGCUCUUUCGUGUGGAGAUCGAGGUGAUGGAUAUCAACGACAAUCCGCCCAGCUUCCCGGAGACCGACAUUUCUGUGGAAAUAUCCGAGAGCGCAAUUCCCGGGACGCGUUUCCCGGUGGAAAACGCCUUCGACCCGGACGUUGGCUCAAACGCGCUCAGCACAUAUGCCAUCACGAAUAAUAACUUUUUCUACCUUGAUGUGCAGACGCAGAGCGACGGGAACAAAUUCGCAGAGCUGGUGCUGGAGAAGCCGCUGGACAGGGAGCAGCAGGCGGUGCACCGCUAUGUGCUGACAGCUGUGGACGGGGGCAUCCCGCAGCGGACCGGGACGGCUCUCCUGGUUGUUAAAGUUCUGGACUCUAAUGACAACGCACCCACGUUUUACCAAUCUGUGUACACCGUUAACCUGAGAGAAAACUCACCCGUGGGCACUCUAGUUAUCCAGCUGAAUGCCACGGAUGUUGACGAGGGAUCAAAUGGGGAAAUCGUUUAUUCUUUCAGCAGCCACAACACUCCGCGGAUAAAAGACUUGUUCAACAUUGAUGCCAGAACCGGCAGGAUAGAGGUGGCAGGUGAGGUGGACUAUGAAGAGAGCAAUACGCACCAGAUUUAUGUUCAGGCUAAAGAUCUGGGAGCGAACGCCGUGCCAGCGCACUGCAAAGUGUUGGUCAAACUCUUGGAUGUGAAUGAUAACACGCCAGAGAUUGGUUUCAGCACCGUGACAGAGUCUGUGAGCGAGCAGGACGCCCCCGGCACCGUGAUCGCACUUUUCAGCGUCUCGGAUCGAGACUCCAGUGAGAACGGGCAGAUGAGCUGUGAGAUACUGGGUGACGUUCCUUUUAAGCUGAAAUCAUCUUUUAAAAACUACUACACCAUUGUGACAGACGGCUCAUUAGACAGAGAGAACACAGCUUCGUAUGAAAUCACUGUGGUGGCCAAAGAUAAAGGUAUGCCUUCACUUGCAACCAGCAAAUCCAUUACAGUGCACGUCUCCGACGAGAACGACAAUGCGCCCCGUUUUACGCAGGCUGUUUAUGAUGUGUAUGUGACUGAGAACAAUGUUCCUGGUGCUUUCAUUCACGCUGUGAGCGCUUUGGACCCUGAUAUAGGACAGAAUGCUUUAAUUACCUACUCCAUAUUGGAGUGUACGAUCCAGGCCAUGUCUGUGGACACAUAUGUUUCCAUAAACCAGGACACUGGAUACCUUUAUGCGCUGCGCUCUUUUGAUUACGAGCAGCUGAAGGAGUUCAGUUUCAUGGUCCAAGCUAAGGAUUCUGGUGCUGUGGAGCUCUUCUCUAAUGCCACUGUUAAUGUUAUCAUAGUCGACCAGAAUGAUAAUGCUCCCACUGUCAUAGCCCCCAUCGGGAAAAACGGCACAGCCAAAGAGCAUCUCCCGCGCUCUGCAGAGCCUGGAUUCCUGGUGACGCGCAUCACGGCCAUAGACGCGGAUGAUGGCGAAAACGCACGCCUGUCUUUCAGCAUCCAGCGUGGAAACGAGAUGGGGAUGUUCCGUAUGGACUGGAGAACUGGAGAGAUAAGGACUGCACGCAGGGUGUCUCCAAAGCGCGACACCCAGGGCUUUUACGACCUGCUGAUUGAAGUGAGGGACCAUGGGCAGCCCCCGCUCUCCUCCUCUGCCAGUGUGAGUGUAAUUUUAGUGGACAGUGUUGUAGACGGCCGCAGUGAGCGUGGAUCAGCCUCCAAGUCUAAGGAGACCUCCCUUGACCUCACCCUCAUUCUCAUUAUCGCCCUGGGCUCUGUUUCCUUCAUUUUCCUGCUGGCAAUGAUCGUGCUGGCAGUGCGCUGCCAAAAGGACAAAAAGCUCAACCUGUACACCUGCCUGCUGGCCGGUGACUGUUGUUUGUGCUGUGGYUCGUGCUGCAGCAGGCAAACUCGUGGCAGGAAGCAGAAGAAACUAAGUAAAUCUGACAUCAUGUUGGUUCAGAGCACCAAUGUGACAUCAGGAGUUGGGCCCGUGGGACAGGUGCCAGUGGAGGAGUCUGGGGUGGGAGGCGUGGGUGGUGGGUUCGGGUCCCACCACCACCAGAAUCAGAACUCCUACUGCUACCAAGUGUGUCUGACACCAGAGUCGGCCAAAACAGAUCUGAUGUUCCUCAAGCCUUGCAGCCCCUCCCGCAGCACUGACACAGAUCACACCAACCCCUGCGGAGCCAUUGUCACUGGUUUCAGUGACCAGACACCUGACAUCAUAUCCAAUGGCAGCAUUCUAUCCAGUGAGACAAAACACCAACGAGCAGAACUCAGCUAUCUGGUGGACAGACCAAGACGUGUCAACAGUUCAGCUUUUCAAGAAGCAGACCUCGUCAGCUCCAAAGACAGCGGUCACGGCGACAGCGAGCAGGGCGACAGCGACCACGAUGCCACAAACCGGGGUCAUUCAACCGGUGCUGACCUGUUCUCCAACUGCACAGAGGAAUGCAAGGCCCUGGGUCACUCCGACCGCUGCUGGAUGCCGUCCUUUGUGCCAUCAGAUGGGCGCCAGGGGCCGGACUACCGCAGCAAUCUGCACGUCCCCGGCAUGGAUGCCACACUGCCCGACACUGAGGUACCCUCCUCCGUCAACCUCUCCGACCAACUCACCAUGACCUCCUCUACCGCCUCGUCCAACGAUAGGUCAUUCUCCACUUUUGGCAAGGACGGCCAAAGAUCACAGUCACACCACAGCCUUCAAAAUCACCUCCAUCAGCAACAGCAGCAGUACAGCUCCAGCACGCUAGAGAGGAAAGAGUAUGAUAGGGGGACUCUACCGUACAAACCAACCUUUCUCUCCCGCAAAAGGAUUUGCUAGCUCAUUCCAUGUGGACCUGUCGGAGACAGCGUGAAUUUCUGUACUAGACCACCAACACUGACGCUAGAGAUGGCAAAAGAAAACUAAAGAAACACAACCUGGACAACAGCAACCUUGGUUAAACUUCAUUAUCUAGGGUGGCGAACUGUAACGAAGCCUUGGCAGUGGCUGCUGAGGGAGGGAAGGAGAAAUAAUUACCGAGUAGCUGUAAACCUCUAGAUACCCAAGGAGCAAUCCAAGGCUUAAUUUCUCUCAGCAGGACUGAGACCAGGGCCGAAGCUCUUGACCAUGUGAAGAAUAUAAUGGAAUCAAUUUACAGACAAAAGCGGAACUGAAAAAUUAGAGAGAUGCAAAGCAAGUGGAACAAAUGAACCUACAGAGGUGUUUUUAUUCUGACUGAGGGGUUAGCCUCUAGAAAAAUGUGUGUGCCUGUUUACAUCAAGAGAAAAAAAAAGACCUGUUGUUUCUGUACAAACUUCAACCAAUGUCUAUGGAACCCUUUAGCUAUUUCUAUGAUCACCACUAAGCCAGCUGUACAGAAACUGUUCGGAUGAAUAAAAUAAGACUGAUAGUCUGAGACUAAGUUACUGACAAAUAGAUGGAUGAAAGAGAGAGCGAGAGAGAGAAGGAAUUGUACAGGAAUAAUAAAACAAAAAGGAAACAAGGAUGUGAACAAGAGCUGAUGUGCAGUAAUUUAAAUUCUGUAUUGCCGGUUUUUUGACUUGACUGUCUUUAUAUAACUUCUCUUUAUUUUUUGUUUCUGUUGUUAUUUUCUGUGUGAUUAAAGUGUGCAAACUCAACAAAUUGUCAAACUCACAGUUACAGAAAUGAACGUUUGGUCCAAAGUCAGGUUCACUCCUCUUUUUGAGCUAAGCCACUUCAGGAAGGAGAUUUGGACAAAUCACUGUGUAGAAGAAUCCCAUGUUUGAGUCUAUAAAUAAAACAUCAGAAAUGAAUGUUCACAUUUUUAAAAUCACUUAUUUAUAUUUCGUGAGGUCCUUCCUGAGCUGACUGCACUGAAAGUGAAUUGACCCAUUCCUGAAAUUUGGCUCCAAUGAUGCCAUUGGCCUAUUUACAUAAACAAUCAAACACACUAUGUGGUUUUAUCAUGUGUGCAAAGUGUUUACUGUGCUAUUUUAAAAGCGUAUAAAUGAAUAUAAAUCUAUAUAUAUAUAUAUACAUAUCUAUAUAUAUAUACAAUAUACUUUUUUUCUGAAAACUGUGUAACCAUGAUUAUUAUUAUUUUCAUUUUAUUUUUCACACAUUAUUAUGUCUUUCAGUCUAACAAUACCAAGUGCUACAAAAUCAAGCUUAAUUUCGAGGAGCCUAAAAAACAAACAAAAAAAUGCCAGCAGCAAUUAAGUUGACAUUUUCAUUUGAUUGUUACUUUUCACUGUUUACAUUUGCUAGGCCUUGUUGUGUGCUGCAAAGACACCAUUGGAGUUGUUCUGACCUACUGUGUAUUUUUCCUAGCAGAACAUAUGAUUUUGUACAGGAUGCAGGGGGAUAUCACAAUCCAGUAAGAUAUCAAAAGUUUAACAAUCAUACUAGAAAAGCAUACACAAACAGGUACAGAAAGAUGUAAACCUGUAACACAUGUUGACAAGUGUUGCACACACAGGCGCGCGCGCACACACACACACACACACACACACACACACACACACACACGCACACACACAUGUCAAAUGGUGGUAAAUAAACAGUGUCAUUGAAGUUC